CACGAUUCUAGAAAGCGGACCUCCUCGUAUGUAUCGAGAAAACAGUAUGCAUCACAUGCACAUCAGCAUGAGGCCAUUAACGGCCUCCGUGAGGUGAGGUGUAUCGUCAGCCUGCAUCCUAUGCUCCUCUACUUGAAGCCUGCAAGCAAACCGACACCAACCAGACAUGUGCUGACAGCCACACAGCCUGCGUGUGCUCAUCUAUUUGAGUCACCUGCCAUCCUGUUGUUGACCGGUCGGGCCAUGAACCGUGACGACUUCAUGUAAGACGAUAUCGCAGGCUGACACACAACACAUGAAGUCACACACACACAGGACAUACACUUACACACACUCCUGCCUCCAUUGUGUGCCCUGUGUGUGUAGCUUGGCUUACGAGUGCUUCGAAUCUGUCGCAGUAUGCCUUGAGGUUGCCGUAUUCGUCGAGGGCAUCCUUCUUCAUCAAGCGGGUCUGGUCGAGCAGCUCUGAUCGACCCACAUACACAGACAGGUGCCAGAGAAGAAAGAACCACACACGAGCACAUGUCGUCUGUCUGUCUGUCUGUCUGUCUGACCGUAAAGAUGGAAGUCAGGGAAGGUGAUCUGCUUGCCAACGAGCCACUCCCUGAAGGGGCCGCACAGCACAAAACGAUAGACACAAGAAAGAAAGGCCUCUGACUCUUCCUCUCUCCUCACUUGUCGGCGAGAUGAUCACUGAAGCACUUGAGGAACUUUGACAUCGUUGUCUCAACCCACGCCUCUGAAGGAAGUGACACAUGCUUGUGUGUCCGCAGCGAUGACGUGACGUGACACAUCGGUGGGUGGACAUCCGUCCUUGAUCAAUGAUUGCCUUACUGAAGUUGGUGUCGAAGUCGGGGCCAUAAGCCACCUUCACAAUGGUGUUCCGGUAGUCCAUGACCACGUCUGCACACAUGUCCACACGGGCCUGCACACACACACACACACACAAGCCCACACACAGAGGAUAUGCCCGUAAGCCGCUAACACCACACCACAUCACACAAUGUGUGUGUCUGCGUACCAUUUCAUGGGGGCCCUCGCCCAGCAGCUUGGGGUUGUAGUUGCGGCAGAUGUGACGCAUGACUGAACGCACCCGCAAUGGACACAUCAGUGGCUGCGUCUAAUCCGCGCGUAUCAUACUGGCAUUUGUCUGGGAGAUCUUGACGUCGCCAUCGAUCAUGUACGGCAGGUUUGAGAACUCCACGCCCAGCGUGUGUUUGACGUCCAGCCAGCUCUUGGCGCUCCAGCCGCCCUCCGGCGUGGCCUCCAAUGCAUACCUGAGACAGACCACAUGUUUAACAACACGGGCGUACGCUUCCAUUCCUUGUAGAGCGGUGUUUGCUUCCUCUUCCUUCUUCUCACUUUUUGUCCUCAAAUGGCACGUUCGAAUACUCCAACAGAAGCCGACACGGCUGCACAGCACAGGCACACACGUGUGGUGUGCAACGGAGAGAGUGAUGAGAUGAGUCGCUCAAGCGUGGUUGGUCCUUGGUUUUGAUCACCUCACCUGUGCGAGGCCUCUGAUGUCCCAGUAGCCGAGCACCACCUUGGGCGCGCCAUUCUGCACACCGUUCUGAGCCAUGAUCUGGUAUCGCUCACAGCAGGCGGGCGAUGCGAGAUCUGUCGUCCGGUGGUGUCGAUCAACCGAAACGGGGGAUGAAGACACAGGCAGGGAGUCA